GCUCAGGUGAUGGCUUCCGAUGAAGUCGGUCUCAGUGUUGGAGACCGGCUGGACUGAUCAGUGGAGCCGCGAAGAGUCUGCCUUGACCGUGGGACGUAACACAGAUACUGCGGGCAGUGUUUGAAGAUGGCCCUGAACUAUGUGUCCCUGUCUGCCGGCGAUCGAAGAGGCCUGGUGGCCUACCGCUCUUCCCACGGCGACCUCAGCUCGUCGGCCUUAGCGUUGGCGAUGGUCUCUGGAGACAGCUUCCUCGUUACCAGUCCCGAGGAGAUUCUUCCAGAACCUAUUCUUCGGUCCACUGUGCGGCUGAACUUCCGGACCGAGAGCCGUCGGGCGCCUGGUGGCGGCGGGAGCCCGACCCGCUUUACAGAGGGAAGGGAGCAGGAGGCGCGGAGCCGAAGCCGCCAAGCCAGAUUCUCACCUUACCCGGGCCGUGGGGUUAAACUCGACCUCCUAAGAAGUGUCCUGCAACAGCGUCUGGUGGCACUCGGAGGUGUUAGCGCAGCCCGUCUUUCAGCUUAAAAUGAAUACCUCUUCUCCGCCCCUCAGCUUGUGAACAAGGCUUCUCUAAAAUACUUUUUUGGUGCAACCGAAGUCUUAUUUUUAGAGGACGUCUUUUCAGUUUAAUAUAAAAAUGCGUGGUAGUCCUGUUACUCUAGCCUAGCGCAAAGUAAAAUGUUUACAGUUACUUGAUUCAGAUGGUUUUAAACAGCUAUGAUGAUCAGAUCGGAAGGGAGGAGCAGCAGAUUUUUUUUGAGGUAGUCACAAAGGAUGGGAUCAUCCUUCCCAGAGAUGCUAAAACCACCAACAAAUGGAAGAAAUUAACUACUUGAUGAUCCUGAGCCCCAGACCUACUGGAACCUAAGGAUUGAUAACGUUAACCCCUGUGACACAGCCCUGUUACCACAUCAUAAACCAAUCAGAGCAUUGUGCAUGAGCUGACCACAUACCCUGUGACCACCGCCCCCCUCACCUGGCCUUUAAAAAUGCUUUGCUGAAACCCUUUGGGGAGUUUGGGGUUUUAGAGCACAAGCCACCAUCCUGCUUGUAUUAGCGCAUUUACGAUAAACGCUGCACUUUCCUUCACCACAAUCCAGCGUCAGUAGAUUGGCUUUACUGCGCACAGGCGAGUGGACCCAAGUUUGGUUCAGUAACACUAAUACUGUUAAGGAGAAGAUGGAAUUCUUUUUGCUUAACUGGAAUUCAAAGUUGGUAUUCCCUAUCAUCAAAAUCAAUAGCAAAUGUUCAUCUGAAAAUGCUGAUUUUUAAUGAAGUUUAUGUAUUUUAUCUUUGAAAAUAUCUUUGAAAUUUUCUUUUCAUGGGUACUGCCAAAUACUGAUAUCGGUCCAUGAACAUAUGGUUUUAAUUGAGCAUAUUCAUUGCUUGGAAGGCAUUUAUACAAUUCUAUUAAAUUCUGAUCUUUGCCUUUAAGCAUGUCAUUACAUUGUAGAUUAAUUGCUUUCAAUUGAAGUUUAGGUGGAAGCUCCUCAACUGCACAGUUAAAUGGAUUUUGAAAUACGGGCAUUUUCUUUGCACUUAGAUCUAGGUCCCGAAAGACUGUUGAACAGUAGUCUGAACUCAGAAAAUAUAUCUACUGCAAAUUUGUUUGGAUAUGGAGAUCUUACUUCUUAACUUAUUAACAGCAUAGUAAAGUAUAUAAACCAGCUUGAGAUUGCAUGUGAUUCAAACAAGGUUAGUUGUUGAAAUGAGUCUACCACAGUAUAGGUAUGGUGUAGAAAUGCUGUUUGGCUUUACAGCUUUACGUUUAAUUCAUUGAGAAACAUUAUCAAGCCUGUAGCAAAAGCUAAUUUCCAAAGCCAUUUACAGUUCGAUAACAGUGGUCUAGGGCAGUUCUUCUAACCACUUAAAAAUGUACAAUCCAGGGCUUCCCUGGUGGCGCAGUGGUUGAGAGUCCGCCUGCCGAUGCAGGGGACGCGGGUUCGUGCCCCGAUCUGGGAAGAUCCCACAUGCCGCGAGGCGGCUGGGCCCGUUGAGCCAUGGCCGCUGAGCCUGCGCGUCCGGAGCCUGUGCUCCGCAACGGGAGAGGCCACAACAGUGAGAGGCCCACGUACCACAAAAAAAAAAAAAAAAAUGUACAAUCCAUUCUUAGCUGGAAGGUUCUAUAAAAAUUGGCAAAGGGCUGGGUUUGAUCUUUGAGCCUUAGUUUGCAGAGAAUUUUAGUAACUGCCCAAGGGCACAAAACUGUUUAGUGGUAGAGUGGAGAUUCAAGUUUGACCAGGCAGCCUGGCCUCAGAGCCCAUACUCUUGGUGACUAUGCUAUACUACUUGUGCUAAGGUAGCCAGCUAGCAGCUGGUGGCCAAAUCCAGAGGGAAGUUUUCUUUAGCUAGCAGUUUGGGCGUUUUUUCCCCUUUAAAAUAUGCAAUAAUAUGUACAAGACAGUGUAAGUAAAAUGCAACCAAUACCCAUGUGAAUGAAAAACGUUGCCUAUCAUAUCAGUAAACAAAGGAUGUUACGGCCAUCAGGUCACUGCAGCCACACUGAACAGUGAGCCCUAAGGGAACUCAGGGUGGAGACAACCCAGCUGCCUACUGCCAAGUCUUUAGCCAUUGCAGCCCCCUAACGGUGCACCCAGAGGAGCCUCAGGAUGGGAAAGCACGGGAUACUGGCCCUAGAUAGCCAAGGUGCAUAUCAAAGGAAUGUUUUCAGUGAGCCCAGACUCUUACAUCUUCCCAUACAUAGAAAAGUGCUAAAUUCACUAACUUGAGAUAUCUGGUUUUCUUUAAUUAACAAUAAUCUUUUGAUGUUCUGACUACCUGGUCUUUAUUGCAAAACUCCUAUGUAUCCUCGCUCCUCCCUUACCUCUUCAGAGCAGUCCCUCAGAGCUAUCUAUCUGAGAGGCUGCCUCUGGGGCUUGAAGUCCUCAGAAAGUCUGCCAAAUGAAACAAUUCUCAACUUUUAGGAUGUGCAUUUUUUUCGGUCAACACCUGGGUGCUUACUACCCAACUUUAAAUAUUACCCCGCUCUUAAAAAUCUCUUCUGUUUAUCUCGCUUUGAUAACCUUGUGCUCACAUCACUUCCUCCCACCUGACAUAAUCACUGUCCUGAAUUUGGCGUUUUGCAUUCCCUGCUUUACUUUUUAGAACUACUUUCAUUACAUGUGCAUGUCUAGUGUAUCUCUAAGUGUAACACAGAAUUGUUUUACCUGUUUUAAACCAAUAUAAAUGGUAUUAUACUGUACAUAUUCUUCUGUGGCUUGCUUAUUUUCUCCACUUGAUUUUGCUGUCAUAUAUUUAAAAAUAAAACUAAAUUUGAAUACCUUUGGUGGGAUAUAUGUUUUCAGUUACCCCCUAUGUCUUAUACCCUUACAUUUCACAUUUUAGUUACCUACCUGGCCCCUUAUACCAUUUGAGCUUGCAACCUCUGAUUUAAGAUGGCAUUCCAUUUAUCCGUUCAAAUAUGAAGUUUUAGAUAACAUAGGAAUUUAUUUGUGUAAUGACAUUUAUGUUAUAUAUGACAAAAGCUGGAUGUAAAAUUGUAUAUAUGAUAUGCUCUAACCUAUAUAAACAAAAUAUAUAGAGAAAAGACUAGGAAUAAUUGUGCCAAAAUGUGAUUUUUGGGUGAUGACAUUUUGUAUAAUAUAUGCUGAUUCUGUUUUUCUGAAUUUACAAAAUAAUUGUUAAUUUUUAUCAAAAAAUUGUUUAAAUUUAAAUAAUCUGUAAAGUAUUUUAAUAAAGACAUUAUUAGUCUCUU